CAAACGCUCCUGCCUUUCAGGAACAGCCUCAUCUCUAUUCAGCACACCUUUCGCUGUUUCUGCAUUCGCUCGUCCUCUGUGUCAAGUAUCUGUAUUCUUUCAAGUUCGUUUUCGCACACCCGACUUCCUUCACAAGAUGGGUAAGAAUCUCCGAAAGAAGGCUGCAAAGUACACCCCGCCACGCAACAAGAACGCCUUUGCUUUUCGCGACGACGACUCCAGCAACCACACCGGCGCAAACACUCCGAAGCCGCACUUUUCAUUAAGAGAUGAACUCCAGAGCACAGCGAAGCAUGAGUGGUCGAAAGAGUCACGACUACGGGAUCAGAAGAUUUCCUUUGUCAGUGCUGGCUCAAUGGCCCCGCUCGAUGAGCCCAAGGUCGACAAGCCUGCUGUAAAGAAGUCCUUGAACUUUGCCCCUCAAGACAUUGAUUUGCGCAACUCGGAAGAUGCAAUGGCUCAGAUGGACAUUAACGCUCAACCACCCGUCGCCAUUCCUUCGUUAGACGGCGCGAAUGAGAUCGACAUGGACAUUGACGAAACCGUGCACAUCCAUGCCGAAGUCACAAUCCCCAUCGAACAGCCCCCGCCACAGCAGCUCUCCGCUCCGUCGCCUCCUACCGAGGACGCUCCCAUGUUCUUCAUCGAUACCGCCGGAGAUGAGUCGCUCGCCUUUAAAGGUCCCAAAUCUGUCCCCGCCCCUCGCGCUCGCGCUCCUUCGGUAGCAAGGUCGACAUCAAGCGACGAGGUCGUCUUCCGUGGUCGCAAUGGUGUCACAAUCAGAGACGAUCCUCCUGCCGUCGCUCAGAAGUCCGCGCCGAAGCCUGCAUCGAAGCCAUCAGCCAAGCCAUCGUCCAAGUCCGCCGCUCAGCCCGAGGCUCAAGUCAACCCUCAGAUGGAGAAGUUCCUGAGAUCGUUAGACGACCCACCGGAGUGGGCAAAAGAGAUGGUUGAGAAAUCAAAGUCCAAAAAGUCCGCAUCACACACUCCUGCUGAACACUGGCCUUCGAUGGAAGAGGCCAACGGUUUCGCCGAUCGUCUCGACCAAGAUCUUAGUGGAGUUCGUGCUUCGCGCAAAUCAAAGAAUGCCAGAAAGAAGCAGAACCGCAUCUUCAGACUUGAGCAGGAUCUCGAGGAUGAACUGUUGCGCGACUACAUUGACAACAUUGCCGCAGAGGAUAUGCCUACCCGUGGCCUCGGUGGCGAUUCUGGCGACGAUACGGACGAGUUCUUCGAUGGCCUCCUAAACGAGGAAGAGAAGGAUCCUGAUGACGUCGACGUCACUGGCUUGGAGGACGAAUGGGAAGAUGAGUCUGGCUCGGAAGAGGAGGAAGAUGACGACGAGGACGACGAUGACGAUGAUUCUGGAAGCGAAGACAGCUCGGAACUCGAAGAACGCCUAUUGCGCGAGGAACGAGAGGCAUGGGAAGAUGAUGCCGACAUCAGAGAACGACGCGCCCAGGCCAUGACUGACGAGGAGCUGGCUCUCCUUUUCAUGAAGCAAGAAGAGCUAGGUAUCGGAGGUGACGACAUCAUGCUUUACGAUGAUCGCUUCGGAGACGUUGGUGACGCCCGCGCAGGUCUUGCCAACUACGCUGUCAAGACACCCAAAGGCAAGAAGAAGAAGAGUGGCAGAAAGAGCGACGUCUUCCCCGACGCCACUCUCAUGGCAGAUGUUCUGGAGCAGGACGCAUACGGCGGCUUUGAUGUUAUGGACUACGACCGUCCUAGCUUGAGGAAGAAGAACAAGGGCCGUAAGAACGGUCCACUUCCUGAAGAGUUGGGCUUGUCCGACUCUGAUCUUGUCGAGGAGUUGCAAAACCAAUGGGCCAAUGACCGCUCAAAGAAGGCCAGCAAGAAGGCCGAGCGCGAGGAGCUGCGCCAACUGGGCAUGCUCGGCAAGAAGAACAAGUUCAAGCCGGACAUGAACCAGCGCUACACCGAGGGCAUCACCAUGGGCCAGGUCCGAUUCGAGCUCCAGGACUUCUUGGAGCAGGAAGACUUCACCACCAAGGCCUUCCCGCCCAUGCAGAAGAACGACCGUAAGGUCCUCCACGAGAUCGCCAACCACUUCAAUCUCAAGUCCAAGUCAGUCGGCAGCGGCAAAAACAGAGCCCCCGUUCUUAUCAAGACGAAGAGAACUGUCGAGUGGAGCGAAGAGCACUUCGGCCGCGUCUCAAACUUUGUCAGCAGAGGAUACAUGAAGAACUCUUCUCACAAGCCCAAGAGCACACUCGCCGGCGACAUUAGAAGAACCCGGCAGAUGGGUGGUGGCGGCGGCGGUGCAGCAGCAUACCGUAACGGCGAUGUCGUCGGUCACAAUGCAUCAGAAAUCCCAGCCAGCAACUUCGGCAGAAAGCUCAUGGAGAAGAUGGGCUGGGCAGCUGGCAUGUCACUUGGAAAGGAAGGCUCUGGUGGUCUUUUGGUCCCUGUACAAGCUACUGUAAAGUCGGGCAAGGCUGGUCUAGGCUAGAUGACUGCAACCAGUCUUGUCUCUUGCUAUCGCUGCAAAUGUCUGAUUAACAUCUUUCGGCGUCUUGGGAAUGGUGUGCAUGGUGUUACGAUUUGAUGAUGAGAAUGGCGUUUUUCUUCAUUGUUGAACUGUACUGGAACGGGACACUGAAACGUCAGCAUUCGAGUCGUUUGCACUGCAUUGAUAGACGGAAAUGCAUAUAUAGACCCUUUUCGAAAAAGAAUAUUUCACACGACCG